UGCCUGCUCUCACUGGAGAUACAUACAAAUGCAUACAAAAGAAUGCAGGUUAAUGGUGAAAUCGGCUGAUUCACUCAAGCAUAUGGCGAAGAUACUGCGAUUAAAGAUGCAAAUGUUUUGUUGGGGGGCGGCAUGGAUGGUCCAGCGGGUAGCACUGCCGCCUCACAGCAAUCCCGGUCGACCAGGGCCUCUCUGUGCGGAGUUUGCAUUUUCUCCCUGCGAUCGCGUGGGUUUCCUUCAGGUACUCCGGUUUCCUCCCAAAGACAUGCAGGGUAGGCUGAUUGGUGAGUCUAAAUUGCCUGUGGGUAUGAGUGUGUGAGUGAAUGAUGUGUGUGCCCUGCGAUGGACUGGCGACCUGUCCAGGGUGUAUUCCUGCCUUUCGCCCAAUAUAUGCUGGGAUAGGCUCCAGCCCCCCGGCGACCCUGUUCAGGAUAAGUGGGUUAAGAUAAUGGAUGGAUGGAUAGAUGGAUGUUUUGUUUGUUUUGCCAGACAGGUCAACGCUGACAGGAAGUUGACAGUAACACAAAUAACCACACAUUACAACACUGGUAUGUAGAAGAGAAUCUCUGAACACACAACGCGUCAAACCUUUAAGUGGAUAGGCUACAGCAGAAAAAAAUAUGUCUUAUAAAUACGUGAUAAAGUGCUCAGUGAGUGUACUGGCAAAAUUAUCUGUGCAUUUCCGAUUGCGGUCUAUCUGCGGGUUCGAAAACAACCUUGCAGUGUUGGCUUUCCAUUGUUCGUGUCCAUCCGGAUAGGGAAUUGUGAAAAUGGUAUCACAAAUGCCUUUUGGAAUAUCUGAAAUAUUGAUUAAAAAUGGUAUCGCUCCAUACUAAUUAAGACAAUGGGAAAACAUUGCAGCGAUAAAGGACACGCAUGCAUAACCUACGCUACGGGACAAUAUUACAAUAUUACAGUAAAUUUCUACCGCCAAAACAACACAAAAAACAGUGCAAUGUUACCAGAUUCACCGGGCUUAAGAUCCCUACUCUGAUACUUAUUGCUGUUUGUCAAAUUUGUUUAUUUUCCUCACUUUGUCUAAAUGUCUGUAACAAAUGUAAACUUUCACUUUCUUAAUUUAUAGUCAUUUCCAUGCAUGCCUAUACAGAAACAAAGCAAUAUAAUGUAAACAAAACAGGACUACCCAAAUCAGGAUACCACAUUAUUAAUUGUAAGCCGGCGACCUGGUAAAAUAUAAUAAAACAGUAGCUAAUAAAAUAAAGAAAAAAUUGACAAAAAACAAGCUCAGGAAAAGUUGUGAUUUGAAAAUUGUUGCGAUUUGUCGACAAAAAGAAAUACGACAAAUUAUGGAUAAUAGCCUUUGCUAUAUUGCCGACAUAGUCUAGAGAGAUUAGCCUACAAACCGUCUAUGUAUAUUAAAUAUUUUGGCAUUCUUUGACGAUAGGAAGACAAAACCAUUGCAUUAAGGCUCGGCUAUAUUUAACCUGUGGAUCCACUUCUACUAACAAAAAAAGGUUCCCUUUUUUGUUCCGCGUGAAGUUAACAUUUCUUGUUGUUCAAUUAAGGCUAAACUGCGGUUUAGCUAGAUUACAACAUGACACUAAGGUCCCAAUAGGCCAUUUGGGACCGGAAAGGUUGAAUUCGCAACCCGUUUGAGGAAGAAAAAGAAGAAGAAGUAGAAGAAGAAAAAAAGGGCAAAAUCAGUUUCGAACGCUGACGGGUAACUCUCAGCUGCCUAGAGGAAUAGGCUAUGAUGGAGUUAUGGAAAUUUUAUCUUCUGUUUGUGUUCUCAAGCUGCACGGUCCUCACAGUGGUUGAGAGUCAGGCUGUCAGUGUUGAUCCGCAAGUUACUGCCUACUUGGGAGGUGAAGUCACGCUGCGCUGUCAGUUCAGUCGGGGAGACACAGCUGCCAAAGUCGUACAGGUUACUUGGAAAAAGCAGCUAGUUCAUUUUGCAAUGUUUAAUGUAUUUUUUGGUAAGAGUUACGGCGAAUCCCCUUUGAAAGGACGGGUCAGUUUCACCGGCAGCUCUGUGAAUGAUGCCUCCAUCAACAUCACUAAUGUUAAUGAGACAGACGAGGGAACGUAUGUCUGUAAAUACUCCACUCACCCUGGAGGAACCAUUGAAGGCACCACCACAGUCACUGUGCACGCCCUGGCAGAGCAGCAGAACAAUGCAGCAGUACUUUCGGUUGGAACUACCCUGCUGCUCAUAGUCCUCAUACCAGCGGCAGUAUACUUCAUUGUGAUGAAGUGCAGGCAGAGAUACCAAGCUCCGACAUGCAGCAGCAGCGGCAGCAGAGGGGACCAUGCACAGGCUGUUGUGUAUGAAAAUACCAAAGAGUUGGGUGGACCCGUGUAUGAAAACCUGGCUGAGGACUCAAUUGAUCCCAGGUCUGUAGCUUCAGAAAACAGAGAUGAUUAUCAGGAAUUGCAAUUCAAAGACAGUGCUACCUACUGCACCAUGAAGAGUCAUUGAAGAAGGGCAGGGCAGACCUGUGUAGGGCUUGGUAUCAUUUGGAUUUCAGCAAUUCCGGUUCCGGUUCUGCUUAUCCGUUCUGAUUCUUAAUGGUUCCGGGGUUCCAAUUCCAAUAUAGUUAAACAAAUAGUGCCACUCCUAAAAUCUGAUUGGCCACCCCAGUGCCACCCCGCACAUAGUCCAGCUGCAUUUACCAAGACACCGUUUUUACCAAGACACGUCUUUCCCGUUUUGCUGUAUCAAAAGUGCACCUGUCAGGAGCAGCAAUCUGAUUUGCGCGUUACUGUCUGUUUUAUCAGUCAAUCGGUUUAUAAUUGUCUCAUGAUAAAAAUAUAUGUCAUGUAUGAUAUACUAUUUAAUUCAGAUUAGUCAUAAUUGGUGCACUUUUGGGGCUCUUCAGUGGGCUGUGUGCUAAAAUAGCCAGUGUGACAGGCAUUUGUCAUCGUUAAAUGUCAUCCUGUACAUUGCCUUAUCGGUAGCCUAUAGCCUCUUCAUUUAUGUUUAGAUUUAGUAGACUAGUAAUGAAUAGUGUUUUGUUGUU